AUGGACAGAGUGCGUCACGACCGAGAGUCCCCAUUCCCGAAGACUGGUGUUCUCAAAUGGCUCACGAAGAAUGAUGAUCUCAGUCCCGCUGCCGGAGACCAUUUGGCCAAUUUGUUCUGCCCUCGGAGAUCGCGCCCUCUGAUCGGGCCUGGGAUGCUGUUAACUUGUUCACAUGCAGAAGUGACAAUCUUUCUUAUCUCUCGCAUGAAAUCUUAA